AUGCUUAAUGCUAGGCAGAUUUCAUCCCAACCCGGCCCAUCUCACCUGUCGAACGGCGAUACCGACAUCAAGUCUUUGGAUGUUCGCGUUCACAACAGCCCAGUUCUAUCCGAUGACAGCAAUUCAGUUGCGGUGUUGUUCAGAUGCGUCAAUGGGCAUUUUCUUCAAGCUACAGUGGAAUCAAAAAAUGGCCUUGACAAUGAUGUCUUCGAUACCGUCAGCUUUCUAACGCCAGAGUCACUUGUUCGGGUUACCGCUCGAUCGGUGGCUCAUGACACUGACUCUGACAUCACUCCAAUCGAGCUCUGCGAUAUCCACAACCUGUCGGCCGCCAAGACUCCAGGUGCUCAUAGCAAUGUCCUUCAUGGAGCUUCAGGGGAGGUUCUAGCUUCGAUCCAAUCUCCUACGAAGUUGAUCGAAGAGAGACUCGACAACAGACUCCUGGAUGCUCGUGUUCCUGCAACAGCAGCAAUCUUCAAGCUUUUCUCGGGGGUCCAUGAGCUGGCGGUAGAAUACCUCAAGCUCCAUGACUUUUACCACGUCCCAACCCCUGCACUUGUUGGCUACGAAUUCCCAGGAGAGGAGGACGACUUGUUUACAGUUCCAUACUUCGGCAGGACAGCCAGAUUGGCGCCAACAGGAGAGAUACACCUUGGAAUGGCACUUUCAGCCGACCUGGAGCGCGUCUACGACUUUCACACAGUUUUUCGGAGGGAGCCUUUCACCAUGCUGGAACUUGUAUUCAAUCUUCAGCAUAGCUGGAUAGAGAUCCUCGAUUUUGCUGAUAGUCUACUGGUAUCACUUCUACACUCUUUGCAGAGUCAGGACAAAUACACUACGCUGACCAACACCGCAAAACGACUCUACCCCCUAGCUGGCACUUUCAAGCUAGGUCUUGGAAAGAGCGGAAAGCUCCCACGCAUCCGUUUCAAUGAAGCCAAAACCAUUCUGAGAGACUUUAUAGGUAUCGAGUCCGACGAUGACAAAGACUUCACUAGGAGCGAAGAAGCAGCACUCGGCAGAUUCCUCGCCAGCGAAGAAUCCCACGUCAGCCCUCCAACCGAUGUUUUCUUCAUCACUCACUUCCCGAAACAUUUGAGGUCCUGCAAUAUCUAUCCCUCUGAUGAACAGGAUGACACAACCCAAUCUUUCGAUGUCAUUCUCAGAGGACAGGAAUGUGUUACUGGAUGCCGACUACUCCACAGCGCUGAAGACCUAGCAGCCGCAUUUGCCAACCGACCUCAUCCGAUUGACCCGGAAACGCCGGAAUGGAGGCCGUACAUGACGGCCCACGAAAUUGGCAUGCCUCCUUGGGGAGGCUUCGGGUGUAAGUGUUUUUUGUUGAUCCUUGUGACAUGGGAAUCGUGCUGA